CACUUUAUUAUUAAACCCUUAUUCCCACGCAAAAGUAAAAACUACCAACUACCCUUCUCCCUCUUUCCUUCUUCUUCACAUUCCUUCAAAAUCCCUCCAAAACCAAAUCCACAAACCCACUAUUACUUCUUCUUCUUCUUUUUUUUAUAUAUGCCUGAAAGAAGUAUACGGCGGCGGUCUGCGGCGACUCGAGGCCGGAAAAGCAGGCCGCCGAACCCUUCUCCGUCGCCGCGUCGGAGGACCCCACCGCCUCGGAGAUCGGCGAGGCAGCAGGCACCUUCGAAUCCUAUUGGGAUCUUGAAGCGUUGCUUUUCGGACCCGAUGCUUUGGAGUAGUGCUUCUGUUAGCAGCUACAGCGACGAUGAUCGGAGUUUGAGGUCUGAGGAUGGUGUUCUUUUCCGUCCUCAGACAUGUUACGACGUUUUUGGCUCGUCGUCUUCCUUGCCGGGUUUCUCUCCUCGGAGUCACGAGGGAUACAAGAAAGAUGCAAAGGUGGUGGUUAAUGUGACAGUUGAAGGUAGUCCAGGACCAGUUCGGACCAUGGUUAAGUUAGGGGCCUCUGUGGAGGAGACCAUAAAGGUUGUUGUAGACAAAUAUAGCAAAGAAGGGCGAACUCCUAAGCUUGAUCAGGGUGCACCAUCCUCAUUUGAAUUGCAUAACUGCUAUUUCAGUCUUAAAGGUUUGGAUAAAUCCGAAUUAAUUGGGGAUGUUGGUAGCAGAAGCUUCUAUCUUCGAAAGUGUUGCAAUGGUCAUAGUAGUAAUGGAGCAUCUCCUUGCACUUCAGAAAUUGCUCUGCCAAAAGAAAACUGUCCUCCACCCAUUCCACCUCCUGCAUUCUUACUUCCAUCUGUAAUUGUCCGAAAGGUCAGUAAGAUUUUUAGAAGAGCCCGUAGGCUUUGGAAACUCUUGGUCUGCCUGCAAUGAGGAUGACCAGUCACCACAUGCAUUGUUUGAGUAACACAACUUAUUAUUUGUGUUACUCCUAACAACAGCCAUGAUUCUUCUUUCUGAAAAUUUUUCCCCUUUUCUCUUCAGAACAAAAGUACCCGUUCUUUCAUACAAUAUGUACAUAAUACCAAUUCAUACUCUCAUCAUUUGCUGCGUAAAUUGCUGUAACUCCCAUUGCAAAUUCAAAAUACAAAAUGAAAAUUUAAAGUGUUCAACUUUGA